CGACCUUCGUAUGUCAAUGAUGCGGAACUAUGCAAAUCCUAUAAGAAAGUUCGGCUCAGAUGAGUUUAUCAGUUUCAAAGUUCUUUUGGACUCAUCUCUAGGAUAUGUUGACAAUGGAUCCAUCAAAUUUAUCAUAAAAGUUCUUACGUUAAAAGAGACCAUUUCAAAGGACCGAGAAGAGUUGAACAACGUUUAUCGACUUGAUUUGUCUGGCGAGUUUGUCAUUUGGAGAGUGGAUAACUUCUUGGCUUUCAUAGACUUUUUAGGAGUUGGUUUAAAUAUAGAAAGCCAGUCUUUUGAAGUUCAUGGAUGUGAGCAUCGGAUGGUGAUCUUAGUUAAUGGCAUCAUUUGCGCAUCUUUGAAGUGCGAGAAGGCCCAGAAGGACUUUGUGUACAAAGUUGGCUUGUGGAAUAGAGAAGAGAUAGUCUUUGCCAUUUCAACAACCCUGCAAUUUGCUUGAAGAAGCUGGCUGAUGUAUUCAGCGAAGACAGGUCAAUGACGUUCAUCUUGCAUAUUCCGGAUCAUUCAGAUCCAGGAAUAUUUGAAGGUAUAUGUCAACUGGACCCUAGGAGGAGCUGUGGAAGCCUUAUGC